GCACAGAGGGAGGCUACAGCAGAUCAACCACACCGCCUCUCUGUUUCUCACCCACUGCUCCUCUGAGCGAACACCCGGCCGGUUAAUGCGAUCGAGGCAGAUGUCCUGAAGAGAGCAGGGGAGGAUCAGACAAAACAAAGCAGGAAUCAUUCGCACACGGUGUUUAUACGGGACUAUAUCUUUUUGUCUUGCUGGACUCCGCUUGCUGCUCCUUCGUCUUGUUGCGCUACAGGAGCCCUCGUCGUGGCCGCAGCAGAGAGGGUCCCCUCCUUUUGUGUGGCUCUGCAGUUGUUUAUUCACGCUCCCAACUUCUGCCUCCUGUUUCCUCAGCACGGGAGGUUUCAUUUCUGCGGUUCUCGUUUCGGCCUAAACGGAAUGAAUGACAAAAACAAAGGAGGUUGAUGUCCACAACUCCCCGACUCACCUCGUCUUCGCCUCGCCUAAGGAACGGAGACUCCAUCUCCGGCAGAAGAUGGAAAGCGGAGGCGGGACGGAGGGCUCGGACAGCGGGCAGACGCAGCACGCGGUGCCCGGGCAGCAGCAGCUGAACGCCCGGGCCGGGUCCACGGAGCUCCCCGCGCAGCCUCCCGGCGAGAAGAAGAAGGUGAACCGGGCUCCAUCCCCGGCCAGACCCAAGGAUGUACCCGGGUGGUCGCUCACGAAGAUCCGCGGAGGGAUCGGGACCCCGACCCUGAGCGUGAAGCCGGGAGCCAUCCACCUGGGGACCCGCAUUUCCAGGCGCAGCCCCGUGGGGAGUCUCUCCGGGAAGGAUGGCAAAUCGGAGAAGAGCGGUGGUGGCAAACCGGCCGGCAAAUCCUCCUUCUCCGGGUUGUCCAAAGCCUCGGCGGCCAAGGCGGCCAAGAGCACCGGAGGGCGGAGGAAGGUGUCGGACGCCAGCAUCGGAUCGGACGAUUUAUCCAAAGACUCCGGCUGCGCCACCGGGAAGCUCUCCCCGACCGACAGCAGCUCCGAGCUCUCGGACUGCGCCUCCGAGGAAAACAAGCUCUCCGCGGACGCCGCGAGCAGCGACGCCGAGUCGAGGAGCAGCCGGGGCGGUGGACCGGACGGAGACAAGCCGCUCAGGGAGAGCGCACUGGCGGACAGAGCGAGCCAACAAGCCGCCGCAAAGACCGGCUGCUACAAGGACCAGCUGUCGGUGGGCGCGGAGACCGGGGAAGGAAGCAUCUCCCCCGGCGAGGAGCGCUCGGUCACCUCGUUCGACAGCAGGGUGCCUGCCAGCACGUCCCUGGCUUUCUCAGACCUCACGGAGGAGUUUAUGGACGGCAUGCAUGAAGAGUUUGUCCGGGAGAUAGAAGAGCUCAGAUCCGAGAAUGAUUACCUCAAAGAUGAGAUGGAGGAGCUGAGGUCUGAGAUGCUGGAGAUGAGGGACAUGUACAUGGAGGAGGACGUCUACCAGCUGCAGGAGCUGCGGCAACAGCUGGAGCAGGCCAACAAGACCUGCCGCAUCCUGCAGUACCGGCUGAGGAAGGCAGAGCGGCGCUCUCUCCGCGUGGCCCAAACAGGGCACGUGGAUGGGGAACUGAUACGGACGCUGGAGCAAGACGUUAAAGUAGCGAAGGACGUGUCUAUCCGUCUCCACAGCCAGCUGGACAGCGUGGAGAAGAAGAGGAGUCGUCUGGAUCAGGAGAACGAGGAGCUGAGGGUCCGGCUGCAGGACCUGGAGGUCGCCAAGCAGGUGCUGCAGCAGGAGAUUGACAAGAACUCCCAGAAGAAAAGAGGAGCGCGCCCCAACAACAAACCUGACAAGAAGCUCGGUCCACAGGAGGACAGUUCAGACCUGAAAUGUCAGCUCCACUUUGCCAAAGAGGAAUCAGCUCUGAUGUGCAAGAAGCUGACAAAGCUGGUGAAGGACAGCGAGGCCAUGAAGGAGGAGCUGGCCAAGUACAGGUCGCUGUACGGGGACGUCAACGCCUCGCUCACCGUAGAGGAGGUCGCCGACUCCCCUCACACCCGCGAGGCGGAGAUCAGAGUCCACCUGAAGCUGGUGGAGGAGGAGGCCAACCUGCUGAGUCGACGUAUCGUGGAGCUGGAGGUGGAGAACAGGGGGCUCCGGGCUGAGAUGGAAGACAUGAAGGGACCCCAAGAUGGUCCUCAAGAACUCGCUGGUGUCGGUGGUGGUCUGGGGGUCGGUCUUGGCCUCGGAGGAGGGGCCAUGGUACUCGGGGGUGGGGCGUCGUCUGAAAACGUCAUGGAGCUCCAGAGACACCUGCAGUUUGUGGAGGAGGAGGCGGAGCUGCUGAGGAGGUCUCUAAUCGAACUGGAGGAACAGAACAAACUCCUGAUGAAUGAGAUCAACCGCUACAAAUCUGACCUCCCGCCUCCACCGUCCACGCUGUCGUCCAACUCGCUGACGUCGCUGACGGACGGGCUGCUCAACGACAGCCCAGUGCACUCCAUACAGGAAGGGGCAGUGCUUAUCAGCACAGACGCCCCAGCCCAGGAGGAGGAGCUGAGACUGGCGAGGCUUCAGAUUGGAGAGCUGAGCGGGAAGGUGAAGAAGCUGCAGUACGAGAACCGAGUGCUCCUGUCCAACCUGCAGCGCUGUGACCUGGCAUCCUACCACGCUCCUUCCUCCUCCUCUUCCUCCUCACUGCGACUGGCUCUGGAGACGGACGCUGAGGCUGGAGACUCAGCUGAGUGCCUCCCCACCAGUCCGCCGCAUCGCAAAGAGCCAGUAGGGGGCGAGAACGACGCCCUGGAGAUCAAAGAACGGAAAAAGAAGAUCGAGGACAACGCUGACGCACCGGCCUCGCUCCCUGGGUGCCUGGGGCAAAAGGACCAUGAUGCCUUGCUGGCCAUGAGGGACCAGGCUCGCUUGGUUUCCACGGCAAUACAGCUCCUGACCUCCCCGGAGUCUAACUGCCUCUCCUCCUCCCCAUCCAUCUAUCACAAGGUCUGCAGCAACGAGGCCGCGGAGCCGUGUGACCUGGAGAAACCCCAGCCGCACAGCCAGAUUUCAGAGCUGUCUGACCUGGCCGACCGGCCUCUGGUUGGUGCUCUGACCAGCAGGCUCCAGGCCCUCCACACCCAGCUACAGGCCUUCGUGGAGCAGGUAGACAGCCUGGGUAAAGCCCCGGCAGGUGGGAGGGACCCUCAGGUGGAGGGCGAGUCUCCUCUGGCCUCACCCUGCGCCUCCCUCCCCUGCUCUGGAGACGGCCAGGAUGGGCCGAACACUCCCGAGCAGAAGCAGCCUGAUUAUAGGGACCAAUCAGAAGCGGAGGUGAAAGGUCAAACUGACGAGAAUCAGAGCCAAUCAGACAUCAAUGAGACUCAAAAGCAGGAAAGCGGCCGGCUGGAACAGGGAGAGAAGGAGGCAGACGAUGCACUGCCCGUCCAGUCCGGCGACCUCGAGGUUCAGCCGUCCAAUGUGGAGGAGUUGGCCCUCGGACCGCGGGAGGAGCGGGAGGAGCUGGAGAAGGAGAGGAAGGCUCAGAGAGAAACCUCUGUCAGACUCACACAGCUGCAUGACGAGCACCAGAAGGCUCUGCUCCGUCGGGACUUCCAGCUGCAGAGUUUGGGUCUCCAGGCUCGCCUUCAGCAGAAGCUGUGGAGCCAGGAGAGGACUCUGCUGGUCCAGGAGUCGCAGCACCUCAAACAGGCCCUAUUACUGCUCAGCCUCAAGCUGCGCUGCUUCCUCAAACAGUGGAGGCUGGGCUGCAAGAAGGACACGGAGUGGAAAGAUGUGUUGGAGAUGAACAGCCUGAAGGACCUCUACCUGCUGCUGGAGGAGGACAACCUGACAAGCCCCGCCCACCAGGCCGACAAGAGGGCAGCAGCAGAGGAGCUGCCCCUCAGCCCAACUAUCAAGUCUAGCGCUGUGAGCAGCACCCUGGCAGACCUGAGGGUGGCGCUGCAGGAUCUGAGCGGAGAGUUGCGUCAGGAGAGACAAGGCUCCCAGGAACUCACCCAGCAGUUCGCAAAGGCCAAGGCAUCAUGGGAAGUGGAGAGGACCGAGCUGAAGAGCCUGAUCACGCAGCUCGAGACCAAAACGGGCAAAGCAGCGACGGCUCUGUCCGCCUCUGAUGCUCUGGAACCUCCGGACCUGAAGGUGGCGCUGAAGAGGGAGCGCGAAGAACACCAGCACCUCCUGGCUGAUUCCUACGCCGCGGUGAUGGACCUGACUAAACAGAUUCAGAUCGGAGAGAGGAACUGGGGCAGAGAGAAGCUCGAGCUGCUGGAGAGGUUCAGCCAGGAGAGAGCUCAGUGGGAGCAGAGACUGAGAGAGGCCACUGCACAACAGGGGAAGUCGAAGUCAUUAAGUGGCGAGUCCUCUGCAGACACAGUUGUCGCUAAUGGCACAGGGUCACCAAGAACCAAAUCCACAUCAGAGCUGGACGGGCCGGAGGUCAAUGGAGCAGCCAACCAGGAGGAGAAGACUCAGUUUGCAGUCUCACCUUUUUUCAUUCGCCCAGAGCUGGGUGACCUCACCAGUAAAAAUUGGACCUACCUGACCAAUGAGACCCCUGAGGUUGGGGACACUUGUAAGACCUGGGACGGCCCCAGCGGCUCCUGCAGCAGCUUAGUGGGAUCAGAGCUGGAUCUGGAGUCUGUCCAGAGGAGCUACACUGCUCCAGAUCGCACAGGCAUCCGGAUCUACUACAGCCCUCCUGCUGUACGACGCAUGGAACACCAGAGAAGGAACCUGGAGUCCAAAGAGUCGCAGCCAGCCCAGAACGGGAGCUCCUCCCUGGAACUGAAUGGCUCCGACGUAGAUGCAGUGCAGCCUCCGUCCUCCUUCUCGUCUUCGUAUGAGCAGUGGCUGAGCUCACUGUCCACGCAGCACAGGGAGCUGCUGGAGAGCAGAAGCGGCUGCAUCACCGGUUCGAUGCCCAGUAUUGUCAACAAUGGCAUCGGAGGCUCGGCUAGCAGUUUGGUUGACGGGAUGACGCCCUCGUCGGCUUUCCACGGCCUCGAGAUCGGGGAGAUUUCAGCCAACUUAAGCGACGACAUGAAGGAGAUGACCAACUGUGUCCGCCAGGCCAUUCGCUCUUCCUCUCUGGAGAGGAAAUCUGCCAAGGAACCCGGGAGUCAGGUGGCCGGCAUGUCCACCAGGUCCACGCAGACCACUUCACAGUACGUCAGCAUCGGGCUUCAAACCGACAACCUUCCUGGCAGCAGGGGGGCAAGUAUACACUCCAAAGCGUGGUCUCCUCGCCCCUCAUCUACCACCUCCUCGCUAGCGUCAGCCCGAACCCGGCAGAUAUCAACGUCACUGGACAAAGUUCACAGCCGCAUCGAGAGGCCGUGCUGUUCGCCCAAAUACGGAUCGCCAAAACUACAACGCAGAGUAUCGUCUGGCUCCACUUCCAGACUGGACAGUUCUUCCUCCUCCAGGGAUCGGAGCCUAUGGAGCCUCCAGCAACGAUCCCUCAGUGGAGGAGGAGGCUCGGCCUGGGCUCGCUCCACCACCACCAGGGACAGCCCCGUGCUGAGCGGCCUCACCGACGGCCUCUCCAGCCUCUUCAGCGUGGUGGAACACGCUGGAAGCACGGAGUCGCUGUGGAGGGGUGACGGAGGAGCCAGCCAGGGUGCCAGUCCAGCACGGCACCCUCCUGCCGCAGGGAAACCUUCAGUCUGUGGACCUGAACCCGGAUCUCAGCGCUACGGAGGCCUGGUCCAGGAGUUCUUCAGGAACGUCUGCAGCAGCCGCGCCCAGGGAGGAGUCGCCCUUCCUGGGGAGAGAACCCAGAAAGACUCCCUUGGAGGUCUGGCUGUCUUGGUCAGCGUCGAUGAGCCCAAGCCGGAGUGCGUGUCCGCAGGGGUCGGAGCGCUGACUGGGAUGGGCGGGAGCAACGACAAUGUGACCAGGAUUGUCAAUAAGAGGUUCAUGAGACAGACAGCAGGGGAGGAGAUGGUCAGCAUCAUGGGAGGAGGGAAAGAAACAACGAGCAGCGGAGGAGCUGUAGGACCCGGGCUGGAGGAUGCUCCCUGUGACUGUGCUGCCAGACCGUCGAGAACAGCAGCUCGCCACUCACUCGGCCACUGCAAGCACCGCCCACAAGAGUCUCCGGCGGCAGAUGGGGAAAAGAGUGACACCUGCAACGAGUGACGACACGUCUACUGUCACAUCCAACACACACACACACAAAGCAAUACUGAUUCUUCACAAACACUCUGCACCACUGCCAUGAAAACACACACUCUCACACCUGUCACAUUUUUUUUUGUUAGUUUUUUUUUGGGGGGGGUCUGACCAAAAAUAUGAAUAUGAAUGGUUUUUCCAUUCAAAUCAGAUUGAGAUACAUUUUUGAUGGCCGCCUACAACCUGCCACACAGGCACACUGCCAAACAUCACACACACACACACAUACACACACGCACACACACACCACUGGCAAACUGCACAGACUGCCCCACAAGCCUACUGCCACAUGUAUACUUUCAUAAACACACACACACACACACACACUCAGAAGCCAGGCAGUAUUACACUUGUCCUGGACUGUACCAUUCCAAUGGCCAAGAACAGGGAGGACUGAAACUCCGAUCAAAACUACCAGCAGCACAUGAAACAUGAACACACACAAUCUCACUCACAACUGCGAGAACUGAAGAAAUGUAUCAAGUAAAACUAUGAUGUCAGGACUGGACCUACCAACACCCCCCAAUUUAACAGGUACUACAGAUGUUCAGAUUUGGACUGGUAAACGCACCUCGAUGACAACACCUUGCUGUUGGACCAGCAGCCAUGUUGGAUUUCCAGAUUAAAAAGGAGAUGGAAUGGAUGAAGUUCCAGUUUGCAUUGAAGGUGAAUGUGGUUCUUCAGGAGCUACAAUAUAAAACUGAGGAGGUAUCUGUCACAGCUGGAGGGAUCUCCUGCAUAGUUUUGGCAAGCCGGUGGAAAAAUCUAGGCGAUUUCUCUCUGAACCUGUCAUAUACACACAUGCUGUGCUGGGAAAUGUAAUUAUGCCUCUGAUGGAUUAGCACAAUAACGUUCCAGUGAUUGUCUCCAACGUGGAUCUGAAAAACGUGACAUCUUGACGACACAUCUGCUUUGGCUGCAGACCAGUCGAUCACAAACGGAAGAAGUUAAGGACUGUUGGACUACGUGAUCCCAGCACGACCAGACUUUGACUCCAUUGAUGGAUGUUUGGACUCAGCUCAGCUCUAUAAAUGAGACCUACCAUCGUUGUUUAGUAGCAAACGUAAACAACAAAAAGAUCUUCAAUCUUCGAUCUUCAGCGUGCUCCCGGAAGGACUUUGGCCACAAACACGAGGACGUUUGUGGCACUGUAGCCAUGUCGUUAACCUUGUAGACGUAAGAAAACCUACUUCAAAAGGUGUUACCCUCUAGAGUCUGUCUGGGUAAUUACUGUUUUGGGUCGAACCUGUUGCAGCAGGCAGAAAGUGCCUGUUGGUUUCAUAUUUCCUCACUGAUGUCAAGAUUCAUCCUUAAACCCUGGAUGGUCUGAUGAAGACAUACAGCCGACUGUCCCGAGAGAUCUCUUAGUUGGUUACACUGAUCGGGGGCCAUUUCUGAUUGACUGCGAGGUUAACCAUCUGUAGAUUUCAAUCGUCUUUGGAUAGAGAUGCACUGAUAUCACUUUUUUCACUUGUUAUCUGAGUAGCUCAGAAACUAGUCUGGAAUCAUGCUGCAGAAACUCUUGAAAUCUGUUCAUUUAGGUCAUUUCUGUUGAAACAGUCCAGAGAAUUUAUUAUUUUUUUUAAAUUUUGUAUAUCACAUGUGAAAUCAAAUUUGAAUAAUUAAAACAGGCUUUAAUAACGAUAAUGACACUGACCUGAUACCUAGCAGCUUUAUCAGUGCAUCCCUACCCUGUAGGCUUCAUGGUAUCAGAUACAACUUGUGUCCAAACUCUUAGACGCUCAUCCACCAUCGGCCGGAAACACUUGCAAACACCAUUAUCCAAGGAGAAUUCAGUCAAUGCAUUCCUUUUCGUUAGAGUCUUUCCCAGAUGUGUGUAAAGGAUAGUUUUAAAAUGCUCGCCAUGCACCUCCUCCUUUCUUUACGCUCUCCUCUCACGCACAACCGCGCUCAUGUUGUUGUACUACAUUGACGCCCCGGCUACUGUAGGAACCUUACACGCAUUUUGAAAAUGUAGCAUCGUAAGAUCAUGAUAAACAACAAGCUCAGAGCGGUCGGAGUAGUUACAUCACCCACAGUUUUGACUUUUCAAGAAACGCAUUCAUGAAAUUUGUUAUAACCAUAUGGCGGUCACAAUGAUAUGAAUUCAAGAAGGAUGUCUGCACAAUGAGGAGAAAUAUCUGGGGAAGAAGGAAAAGACUGAAAAAUAUGGAACAGUCUUACUGGUGACUAGAAAAUAUAGAGUGUAAACUGAGAACAAUCACGUUUAGGAGGGUUUUUUUAAAUUCCAUUUCUCCUCUCCCUUUGUUUGCCAUGCCAUCUUCUUCCUAAUCAAUCAACAGAUAUUCAAAGUGCCUGUCAGAUUUUCCUGUUCGUCAGCUCACACCAAAACUGGACUCAUUAAAAACCACACAAACAAACCCAGCAGGCCUUUUUUUAAUGAGAAGGAUUGUUUUUAUGCACAUAGUUGAGAUCAGGCUGUACUGAAGCUACAAUAAAGUACUGUACCACAGUGGAGACGGGACAAAAUGGUUUACAGGUAUAGUAGGAUAUAAUAUACACUAUAUUUUAACUUUUUUUAUACCAAGGGUUAUUGUAUUUCUGGAAAGUAAAUUAUUUUUGUUUUGUUUAUUUUAUAUGGAUGUUUUUUGCUGAUAUAUUAGCCUGUUGUUUCUAUUCUUUCUAUUCAGUUAUCAUGGUGCUAAUUAGAGUAAAGGCUGCUGUAAAGUCAUCCACCCAUUGGUCUAUUUAAACAAGUCUCUUCCACUGUUUCUGUAUGAGCAGUUUCUCCAUCUCUGUACACCGUUUAAUGACUCAGCAGUUGUUUUUUUGGUUAGUUUUUUUUUUUUUUUAAAUAGGGCAUUACAGUAACAGUGUACGUAUUUAAAUAACACAGUGAGGAAAACCCACAGUCUGAACGCUGCUGUCUGUCUCCACUCCAGCCCUCACUGCUGGGAGGCAACCAACCGUCUGGAACCAGUCACCACUUCAAAAAGCUACCGGCCUGAUUGGCACGGGAGUGGGCCGUCUUAUUUUCUUUGACCACAAUUAUACAGCAGGUAACUUUAGCCAAGUUAGAUUCAAUGGUCAAAGACCACAGAAAUCAUAUAAAUGCCCCCGGAAAGCACAGCUAAUGGGGUUGAGUAGACGUCAGUUUCUUUUCUACAUUCCAUCACUUCUCCAUCAUCCGAAGCUUGUAGUUACAUCACUUGAUUAGAAACCACUGGAGCACUCACUGGAGUGAAUUAACCUGUUGAUAAAGCAGAGUGUGUAUUUGACAACAACGGAAAAGUGGAAAUGUCAAAAACAGAUUAUUCAGAUAAGGAAGGCGGAGUUCCAGGAUAUCAGUCUUCAGCCACAGCUUAGUUGAAAGAGUUAGCAUGCUAACAAGCUAACACGUUCACUUAGCAAUGCAGCUAGCCUGGCCUGUAUUUCAGAUCUCUCUCUUUUUUUUUUCUUACUUAAAAAAUAAAAUUAUAAUAAAAAAUAUUAUAAACUAUAUAAAAAAAAUGACAUUUUUAAUAUAUACUUAAGACGUACAAUCACUGGACACUCACGAGCAAGGAAGGUGGCCCUGAAAAGUUUGUAGGUUAGCUUGUUUCUUCGCAGAUGUCGUCUGCUUAGAUUUACAGCAAAUCCAAUGGAUUCCGAUCGUGACCCAAGUUUUUAAACAUCAUUUUAAACUUCUCAAACCACCCCAGCACCUAUACUGCAAGAUGAUUCCAACAAUUUGUACAUGUUUGCCCUAAUGUGGCUAAAUACUGCUUCUGUUUGAGGCUAGCACGGUUAGCCGUUUGCAUUUUCCUGCUCACAGCUGCUUAUGCGUACUUACUCAGGAGGUCUGGCACAUUUAAUCAAACCUUAGAUCAGAUAUACAUCAGUGAUCAGAUAUACAUCAGUGAUCAAAGCUGCUUCAUAUUAAAUAUAAGAGUGUACAAGGGUUUAAAUCUCAGCAUACCAACACAAAAUAAAGUUGGUCAAACCAGCCAAGAGGUUAAAAGAAUCAAGAUUGGCAAUGACUCACUUCCCACUUUUAAAAAAAUACCAGCCAACAAUAGUAGCUUCUUAUGUUAGUGCACAAAUUACAGUAAAUAUUGCAUGUUAAGACAGCUGACUAGCGAGCCAACAUGUUAUCAUCGACACUCAGAAUAGUUCAGACGCACAUGGUUAGAAGGAAACAACAGAAUACAUUAUUCCAUUAGCCCUAAAACUGGGGGUCUUUGGCUCUGGCUUUCUGUUUUAUGCCCAAAAUCUCUGUGUACUGUCAACAGAGCUUUAGUACAACUCAGGCAGGGCUUACUGCAGUGUUGCCAGAAGUCCUGUCUGAGGUAACCACAGACAAAUAAUGACUCGGCCGUCCCACAGUGUCUCACCACAUACUAUGAGAAGUCUCACGCUACAAAGGGACUUAUAUCAUACCCUAAUAUUAGGUUCUGCUCAGCGGAUACACUGCAAAACUACCGAAUCAGCCGUGACAAGCCAUCAAUCUUUAAAGUCUUUCCAUAACAUUUGGAAUUCAAACAUGCAACAUGUUUAACGAUGAGAUUUUUUGCUCGAAACACUGUAACACAAAAUGAAAGCACAAAUCUGCUUUGAACAAAGUAGACUUGAAAAUGAUUGGAUAGAUUUUGGCAUCACUUCCUCAUUCCGAAUGUGCGGUACAAAUAUCAUUCGAGCGUUGAGAUAUUUUGUAGUUUUGACUAAUUCCUUACAAGAUGUUACCGAUGUUCCCGAUUCCAAACAAAACCGAAUGGUUGUGAGAAACUUUGCCAGAUUCCGUUCUACCUCUCAGACUUCUGAAACCAUCACCACACACUGAGACACGUCAUUGUCUUCUGAACGUAUUUCAUGCCUGUAUACCUAUUGUCAUCUAGUCUUGCUGUCAACGAGAAGGUCCCUUUGUGCCUUUCCUCGACAAAGACUUUUAUUUUUCUGCAGAAAUUUGGCUCCAACUAAGUACAAAUUGUAUGAUGAUGCCAAAAUCCAGAUGAACUAUGUCUGGCUUUUAAGAUGAAAUGUCUUAAAUUUGUCGUCUUGCGGUAGGUUUAGACCGAUUUGUGUUUACAUUAAUCUUCGGCGGUUGCUACUACACACAUGCUGACGGACAAUGCGUGUCACCAUGCCAAUAAGGGAUCUCAGUGUCAAGGUUUUCAAGAGUACAGUUUGCCUUAGAAACUAGUUCUGCUUUACUUUUGUGUGACCAGACCUCCAAAUGGUUGAAAUUUUCGGACCAAGCUUACGUUUCGGUUUAAAUGUUUUGUAUUGUCAGACAUAAAAAAAAAAC